AUGGCAGCCCCACCAGUCUCCUCCUCCCAAACCGAAUGCCCCUUCUGUCACAAAUCCUUUGGUAGAGCAGAUGUUGCCCGACGUCAUGCCCGCUCUUGUCCAGCCCGAAAGGGUCGCGCUUUACCAGCAGUCGCUAAGCGGGGAAGAAAGCUUCGUGCUUGCGAUAAUUGUGCGAAGGUGAAGCUUUCUUGUAAUGUGGCUCUACCGUGUCGGCGAUGUGCAGCUAAAGGCGUUGAGUGUGUUUACAGCGCGCUAUGCCACGAUACUUCACACAGGUCCACUGUUGCUGAGAAACCGAAGGAUAAUCGACAUAGUUUGUCGUUCUUGCUGCAGGCUAGCGAUCCCAGUCAUACUUCUCUGGAUGUCACUGUUGCUGCUGAGCCGGAGAGGACAUCAGAGGAGCCGACUUGGAGACAUCAGGAUCAAUUGGAUGCAGGAACUGUUGAUCCAAAGUUUCUGCUUUUGAACUUAUCGGAUAUGUUACUCGAUGACCCUAUGGAUUACGAGAACCCUGGCGAUGGCCUACAGUUUCAGAACAUCUUCAAUAUACCAGCCACUACAAACGAUACUCUCGCAACACGAAUCACCACCUUGUCAAGUGACCUCCAAGAGAUGGUCACCAACAAACCUCAUCUAAAAGAAGCGCUGGAACAUACCGACCAAACAGGCUUCCUUACUACAUCCCACUUUCACAAUGCGUUCAUUGCCUUCUUCCGUCGACGAUAUUACCACAAGCCCCCGAUCCAUUGGCCAACGUUUCAACUUGACGAGAUAGCGCCUCAUUUUCUCCUAGCUGUCAUUUUAACCGGGACUGCUUACUUGCAAUAUCUCGAUCAGUCUCCUCAACACUUCCUCACAGCAUCACUACUUGAGCUUGCCGAGAAGUACAUCUUCAAAGAGCUCAAGCGACUAGCAGAUCAGAAUGUCACUCCUCUUACAUCUAAGCACAUGCUUGAGAUAUGUCAAGCUUCCGUUCUGAUGAAUAGCCUUGAGGGUAGCACAAAUCACACUGAAGCUCGGCGGAGGAUUGCUAGUAAGCGCAUACCGACGCUUGUGGCGGUGUUGAGAAAGACUGGUCUGGUGGGCCUGAAACAUCAGCCAGAUGAGGUCAGCUGGGAGGAGUUUGUCCAUCAAGAGACUUGUAUCAGAGUGGUUUCGUGGACGUUUACCAAUGAUACCCUUAUGAGUUUAUUCUGCAAUCAUCCACCUGCUAUGACUGUGAAGGAAAUGGGGGGACCUCUUCCUUGUUUGAGCGAGUUAUGGGAGGCAGACUCAGGUGUGGCUUUCGAAGGACUUAGACAUAAACUAACAAGAGAAUAUCCAUCUAAUCGCCGUGAGGCUGUAUCUGGGCUACUUUCAGAUGAAUGGACUUCACUCAAAGAGUCUUUUGGGAGGUUGGACCCCACAGAUCUAUUUCUCAUCAGCGGAGGUCUAAUGCGUCACGUUUUCCACUGUCGCACAUCCAUCACAACACCUGACUACAUAUCCAUGGUCCUACGCGCUCUUGACAGAUGGGAUUCUCUCUGGAUCGACGCUUUUGAGCGUAUACCGGUAGAUGAACGAAAAUGGUUUGGCAUCGCGAGGCACUCUCCCGAAGUGAUUGCUUUAUCGAGAAGGAUGAUUGAGCUCAUUGGAUCGGAAGAGGCUGAGAAGUCUGCUUAUUUGCAGUGUGUGGCUACGUAUGAUACUGCUGUGUUUCAUGAGUUUGUUCAGAAAUAUGGACAAUGA